AUGGACGACACCAGAUUAUCACCCGACCCAACGGUCGAGAAACUUUCUUCUCCUCCAGAAAGCGACCUCGACUACAGUGAUUCUCGCGAUGACAUGGAUCGUCACAGCUCUCACGCCUCUGCGCAUGCUUCUAAGCAGGACCAGGACCUGGAAUUGGCGAAAACCAAGUCUAUCGCAGAGACUAUGUCUCCAAUACGCGAGAUUCUCUUCGUCGGUCUGCUUUGUUCUGCUCAAUUCGUCACUCAAGCAGGUCUCCUCGGUACCUUGAAUAUCCUGCACAUCAUCGGACCCGAUCUUGGUAUCACCGACCCUGGCAUCUUGUCCUGGCUGAUAGCAGGCUAUUCACUAACGGUUGGCACUUUCAUCCUUUUGUCCGGUCGAUGUGGAGAUCUAUUCGGAUACAAGAACAUGCUGAUCGUGGGCUUUGUUUGGUUCGCUAUCUGGAACAUAGUGGCUGGAUGCAGUGUGUAUAUUGACGAGAAUGGCGGCCAAGUGCUGUUCAUCUUCUCGCGUGUGUUGGGUGGCAUCGGGCCAGCAAUAUUACUGCCCAACGCACUCGGCCUCUUAGGCGCAACCUACAGUGGUGCUGUGAUCGGCGGGACAUUCGCUGGCUUAUGGUCGCUUUUGUGGUGGCCGUGGACCUUUUGGACGUUUGGCAUUGCGCUCUUCUGCCUUGCCACUUUGUCAAUCUUCAUUCUUCCCUCGGUGCCUCUUGAUGCGGAUGUUCGCAGUCUCUCCCAUAGAGAGCGAAUUCGCGAGCUUGACCUCCUCGGCGCAAGCGUGGGUAUCACCGCCAUGAUAUUAUUCAACUUUGCCUGGAACCAAGCACCAGGCUUUGGAUGGAAGCACCCGUACAUCUACCUGUUGCUAAUAAUCGGCAUUCUUUUGUUUCCGGUCUUCUUUUGGAUAGAGAUCAAACUUGCCAAGAAGCCCCUCAUCCCGUUCGACGUUCUUAGCACGGAUGUCUCAUUCGUGUUGACCUGCAUAGCAUGCGGCUGGGCUGCGUUCGGUAUCUGGGUCUAUUACUUCAUCCAAUUUCUCCAACAGCUGCGAGGCGACUCCCCUCUCCUGACGAUGGCUCAUCUCUGUCCUGUCGCAAUCUCAGGCUUUAUCGCCGCCGUUACCACUGGCCAUGUCAUCUCACGUAUCGGUCCAGGAUGGGUUAUGCUCAUUAGUAUGCUUGCUUUCUUGACAGGUAGUAUCCUCGUCGCUACACUCCCAAUUCGCCAAGUGUAUUGGGCGCAGACCUUUGUUACCACGCUUAUCAUUCCAUGGGGCAUGGACAUGAGCUUUCCUGCUGGCACACUAAUUAUGAGUAAUGCCGUUGCUAAGAAACACCAAGGUAUGGCGGCGAGCCUAGUCAACACCAUCGUCAACUACAGUAUCAGUAUCGGGGUUGGCAUUGCAGGCACAGUGGAGGUGCAUGUCAACAACGGCGGAGCAACGGUCGCGGACGAAUUGAGCGGCUAUCGAGGUGCCAUGUAUGUUAGUGUCGGACUGAGCGGCAUGGGUGUGGUGACAAGUUUGUUGUUCCUGCUCAAGAUGCAACUGAAGGAAGGGAAAGCGCGAGCAAGGGACGUGUAA